CUAAAUUAAGGGAAAACAUCGAUUACCUAAACGAUUACGAGUAACGAGAAACUUACAUUUCGUACAUUUCGUAGCGAAAAAACUCAUUAUUUUCGUCACCACGUCGCUGUACAUAUUUUUUUGUUAUUUUUUUUUAAUUAAACAAUAACUAAGAGGCCAGCGCUAGAGCGCGAGUGAGAGCGAGAGUAAGUGGGCCGCGAGUUCUUCUUCCCGUUUACCGAAGGAGAGCGUGAAAAACUGCGUACGUACAAAAAAAAAAAAAAAAGUGGAAACCGAAAAAAAAACCAACGACGAAAUAAGCUGCUGAGAGACGGGCGGAAAUUUUGCAAAUUGCAGCUAAGCAAAUCCAAUUGGAAUUGGAUCAGGACCAGGAAGCUAAUUAGAACGCGUUUAAAAAACAUCAACAAUGGCUCUGGACAGUGGGACGCAAACAAACGCGCUGACAUCAUCCUUGACCACAAAGAAAAAGGAUGCCUCCGCCGAAAAGGAGAACCUCUGGUCGGCGAUAUUGAAUGAAGUACAAACACAGGGCAGCACAAAACUUCCAUCAAACAAAUCUGUACUAGUAUUAGGCGAUAAUGCCACCGGCAAGACGACACUGAUUGCCAAACUCCAGGGCGUUGAGGAUCCCAAGAAGGGCUCCGGCCUGGAGUAUGCCUACAUCGAUGUCAAGGACGAGUACAGAGACGACAUGACGCGUUUGAGCGUUUGGGUCCUGGACGGCGAUCCAGGACACACAAACCUCCUGCACUAUGCGCUCAAUGAAACGAACUAUGCACACACACUCGUCAUCCUCACCGUAUCGAUGACACAGCCGUGGGGCUGGAUGGAGCAGCUGAACCAUUGGAUCAAGGUACUCGGCCAGCAUAUCGAAACCCUACAGCUGGACGCCAAGGAGAAGGAGGCCGCCCGCCAGCGACUGGCCACCACGUGGCAGAGUUACUGCGAGGUGGGCGACGAUCUGGAUCCUGGCUCGCCAGUGAAGCGCACAAUGCGCAACAACUCGAUCGACGAGGAUGAUCUACUGCCGCUGACGGAGGACGCACUAAUUACAAAUCUGGGCCUCGACAUCGUCGUGGUGGUCACAAAGACGGACUACAUGACCACGCUGGAAAAGGAGUACGAUUAUCGUGAUGAGCACUUCGACUUCAUCCAGCAGUGGAUACGAAACUUCUGCCUGCGGCACGGCACCUCGCUAUUCUACACGAGCGUUAAAGAAGACAAAAACUGUGAUCUCCUCUACAAAUAUCUGACGCAUCGAAUUUAUGGUCUACCAUUCCGCACGCCAGCGCUAGUCGUUGAAAAAGAUGCAGUACUCAUUCCGGCUGGCUGGGAUAGCUUGAAAAAGAUUAGUAUUUUGUAUGAGAACAUGCACGGAGUCAAGGCCGACAAUGUCUAUUCAGAUAUCAUCAAAGCGCCGCCAACUAGAAAGGCGGUCUCUAACCGAGAGACGGAAGUGCAGACGGAGGACGAACAGGCCUUCCUGGCCCGCCAGCAGGAGAUCCUCAAGCAGGGCGACCAGGUGCGUGGAGAGUCGCCGCUGAGGUCGCAGGCUGGAGGUGUGGGCAGCAACAAGAGUGGACCUCGCUCCUCUAGCACCACUGGCCAGAGUUCACCCAAGAAGAUUGAUCCUAAACUGACGCCUGCCACGCCCGGCGGUGAGGGCGUGCUGGCCAACUUCUUCAACUCGCUGCUGCACAAAAAGUCGGGCAGUCCGGCGAGCGGAGGACCUGGUGGCCCUGGCAGUCCCGCGGGAGCAGCACGCACUGCCAACGGCACUGACGCACUGAUGACGCCCGAGAAGCUCGCUGUCCGCACGGAUGCCGCCGCCGAGCUGGAUCGUCUGUCGCGGAGCGUGAAGAAGGAGAUCGACAUGUCGCAGAGUGAGUGUUGAGCGGGAGAGCUACACGACACCCACAACAUCUCGACACGUAUAAUAGCAGCAACCACAGCAACAGCAACAGAACCAGAACAACACGAUAAACGUUAAUUAAGUAAAAAGUGAAAGGCAGAGACUCGUUGAAAACGCAAACAAGCAGUGUAGCUAGAGAGGAUCAUGGAAAUUGAAGCACACAUCCUUCCGGACUAUUCUGAAUGGUCUGAUCUGAAGGUAUCAGUUUUCGGGAGUUUAUUUUUUAACAAUUAAGAGGGCAAACUUUAGUCAGAAAGUUCCGAAAACUCCAAAAAAAAAAAAAACAAAACAUUCAAAUUGUAAUCUUUUGUAUAAGCAUAAAAAAAAGUACCAAUAUGUGUGAGAGGUUUAAGCAUAAUUUCGAGUAAUUUUUAAUGAAAAUAUUUAAGCAAAAAUUUAUUUGUGUUGUUCCCCCCUGGCCUCUGCCCAUUUCCCUCUCCACCCUCAACCCUCUCCGAUGAAAUGAUCAAUAUCUACCUUAAAAGCUUUCCAAGGAAUGCAUCAAAAUCUUCCUCUGGAGCCCAUGUGAUGAGUUCCACGAUUAAGAGUUUUGGGAUCAGGGCACCCAAAAGGCACUGCGAGUGAUCCUUUUUACGAGCCUCCUGCGGCAUACUCAAUGAAAAAAGAAAUAAAAUAAACGUUCGAUAGGUAAUGAGAGCUAGAAAUGGAAAUGAAAAGCGACAAAAAUUCGAAACUUAAUGGUAUAGCUUAGCGAAAAAGUCUGCAAUUUUGAAAUGAAAAUAAGUGCCGCGCCCCUGAGAGUAUUUUUGUUUAAAGGGGGACUAUGGCGACACUAAAUAUAUAUACAAUUUGUAUAAAUAAAUUAUUUAAAAAAGAAAACGCUGUAAAAUGUAAUUAACAAACGGGACAGACAACCGAGAGAUUCUAAACACACACAGUCCACAAGACUCCUGAGAUCAGGGACGUCGAGAGAUAUAUACUAUAUAAUGUAUUGUAUUUCCCAAAAACAAAAAAAAAUAAGAGAAAUUAUUUCAAGACACACAUGCGCCUAACUGUAGUUCGAUAGCUUGUAUGUACUUUUUAAUUAUAUUAAUUAAUUACACUCACUGACACACACACACACACACACACACCUAGACACUCAGACACAUAAUGGCGUUGAAUAAUUAAUUGUUUUUUGAAAAAGUAGCGAAAAGUUGAUAAUAUUUAUGAAAAGAAUAUCAUAUUGUGUGUAAAUUAGUUAGCCCGCAAAGUAACAUUCUUGGCUUUUUCGUUCAACUCCAUCCACACACUGUAAUUAAUUAAUUAAUUAAUUAACUGUUUUUUUUUUUAACUAAACUUUUGAUUUUAAUGUAGGCCGAAAUCGUUACCCGCUCAUGAAACUCGUGCCCCGAAACAUAAAGAGAGAGUACUGUACGUUGACAUUUUUAAA